AUGGAGGUAGACGAUAGAUCACCUCUCUACGAUGUAUCCAGCUCGACACUCCCCACUCCGCCACCUACCGAGCUCCAAUACCCAGACACCGACGUCGAAGUAGAAGCAGAUGAUACGACUCUCAUCCUCCCCGGCGUUCGACGGAGCAAGAUAACAGCCCUACUUCGUUUGAAGCAGAGCGCUUCACCGGAUCCUGGUACGCCCUACACGGAGAUGAGCUCGGAUGUUGAGAUGGGAGACGACGAUGCCGACGGGGCCACGGACUCUGACGGCGACGAUGGAGACAACGAAAACGACUCCGACUUUGCGUCGCCGCCCACUCAGGCGCAGCCGCCACGGUUCCGCCGAAAGGCAGAGCCAGCCACCAGGCAGCACAAACACGAUCCCCGCGUUGGCAGGAAGACGACCUCUCACCGCAGACGCCAUGCGAAGAACCCCGAUAGUGCGCGGCGCGGCUACGUCACGCCCAAAGGCGAGGAACGCCAGUACGCGCACCCGACCGACCGUCAACGCAAGCAGCUCAGGGCCGUGCAUGGGCCCAUCUGGUGCCUCUUCUGCACCAAGACGGCACCGGGGCCAGAUGACGAUGGGGACUUCUCGCGGGUAAAGGACUCUCCGAAGCGACACCUCCUCAGUUGCAAGCGCUUCCGUGCGAGUCAGUAUUACAGGAAGAAGGCGGAGACGGGCAUGGACCACGAGCGGAUCGUAGAGCGUGCGGUGCGCGAGCAGAAGGCGGCAGGCUCGAUCAUCCGCUGCCCCAAAAGGGCCGCACAGCAGGCCCGGUUGGCAAAGGAGGGCUUCACGCAUGCGAAGGUUCGCGACGAGCUGGAGCGACUGUCGACGGUUUACAGUGACUGCAAAUGCUGCGAGUUCCCGCACUUCUCCGAGUUCCGCCAGGAGCGCUAG